CCCGCGAACCCUCAUCUCUUUCUUUUGCUCUUCUUCUUUUCGCCUCCUCUCUCCUUCUUCUUCGGACGUGGGAUGGUCUACAAGGGCCUGGGGAUGGGGCGGACGGACGGACAGACGGACGGAUGGUCAUGAUCUGUCGACGAUCUGGGGUGGCGCGCGCAGUGAGGUGAUGUGAGGCGAGAUGAGGCGAUCCAAAGCCGGGCGAUGAUGGGUUUCUCUUGGCACAUUCAAUCUCACGCCCCCAUCCCUUGUUCUUUUCUUCUAUUACUUCCUUCCCUUCCACCGUUUUCGAGAGGAACGCCUGCCGCCGGGGGGGCCGGACCGUCUAUGACCAAUGAAACUACGGUGGGAAGGGCCUUGAGGCGCGCGAGACAUGGGAUGAGCACAAAAGGUGUCCAGCCAGCCAGCCAGUCGUGCUGGUCCACCGCGGCCCUCUGUUUCUGGCAAAUGCAUCAUGACGGGCGUGCCGGUGGCUUGGACGCCUUCUUGUCUGGGAGAGGUGGAGGCCAGGAAUACCGCUCGAACAUCAGUCCAAACCAAACGUGUGAGGGAAGGAGUGGGGCAGAUGAACGGGCUGCACUAGUUAUGAUGCCGGUGGCGGUAGUUAUCAUGUCCAUUUGCCUAGACAAGCCAGAAUGGGAUGGAACCAUAAUUGGGGGGGGCGUACACACGUCUAGUAGUACGUGUGACUACAGCUGGCAGAUGCUGUAUGUGGAAGGCGUGUUCCUGGGUCGCGCGGGUUCCAUUCGUCCUGAGAGGGCGAGUGACAUAAUGAUGGUAUGUGCGGCUUCGCGCGGGCACGUGGUUUCGUUUGAGGAAUGCAGAGAGGGGGGAAGGGGGAAAGGUAGGCAGGGUCACUUGAAGUGGUGAAUGGACACGAGAGUGGGAAGAAUAGGCGGGAAGCCGUGCUAGCAUCAGACUUUG